ACACCCCCAUUCUUCCCCAGGAGGCCUGGACGUGGAGGAGGUGCUGCCCUCGGGCCUGCCCCCGACCUUCAUCCACUUCACACACCACUCCUACGCCCAGAUGGUGCGCGUGCUGCGACGGACGGCGGCCCGCUGCGCCCACAUCGCCAAGACCUACAGCAUCGGACGCAGCUUCAACGGCAAGGAGCUGCUGGUCAUCGAGUUCUCGGCCCGCCCCGGGCAGCACGAGCUGAUGGAGCCUGAGGUGAAGCUCAUCGGCAACAUCCAUGGCAAUGAGGUGGCAGGGCGGGAGAUGCUCAUCUACCUGGCCCAGUACCUGUGCUCCGAGUACCUGUUGGGCAGUCCCCGCAUCCAGCGCCUGCUCAACACCACCCGCAUUCACCUGCUGCCUUCCAUGAACCCCGACGGGUACGAGGUGGCGGCCGCCGAGGGCGCUGGCUACAACGGGUGGACGAGCGGGAGGCAGAACGCGCAGAACUUGGACCUGAACCGUAACUUCCCCGACCUGACGUCUGAGUACUACCGCCUGGAGGCAUCCGGGAGCAUCCACAGCAGCCGCAUCCCCAUCCCGCAGCACUACUGGUGGGGUAAGGUGGCCCCCGAGACCAAGGCGAUAAUAAAGUGGAUGCGGACCACCCCGUUCGUGCUCUCAGCCAGCCUCCAUGGGGGCGACCUGGUGGUGUCCUACCCCUUUGAUCUCUCCAAACACUCCCAGGAAGAGAAGUUUUCUCCCACGCCGGAUGAGAAGAUGUUCAAGCUGCUGGCCAGGGCCUACGCGGAUGUCCACCCCAUGAUGAUGGACAGGUCGGAGAACAGGUGUGGUGGCAACUUCCUGAAGAGGGGCAGCAUCAUCAACGGGGCGGACUGGUACAGCUUCACCGGAGGCAUGUCCGACUUCAACUACCUGCACAGCAACUGCUUUGAGAUCACGGUGGAGCUGGGCUGCGUGAAGUUCCCCCCGGAGGAGGCCCUCUAUACCAUCUGGCAGCACAACAAAGAGCCCCUCCUGAACUUCAUGGAGAUGGUGCACCGGGGCAUCAAAGGUGUGGUGAUGGACAAGUUUGGCAAGCCGGUCAAAAACGCCCGGAUUUUAGUCAAGGGCAUCCGCCACGACAUCACCACAGCCCCAGACGGGGACUAUUGGAGAUUGCUGCCUCCGGGGUCCCACAUCGUCAUAGCUCAAGCCCCCGGCUACUCCAAGGUCAUCAAGAAAGUCACCAUCCCCGCCCGGAUGAAGAGGGCUGGCCGCGUGGACUUCAUUCUCCAGCCCCUGGGGACCGGACCCAAGAAGUUCCUCCUCGGGCCGCGGAGAAGCGGGUCUGCAGCCCGUGACCCGCUGGGAGGUGCCAGCCCGUACGGAGAGCCCCAGGAGCCCGGCCAGGAGCCCCUCGGGGCGCGGAGGCAGCCCUCGGCCGGCGGGAGCAAGCCCUGGUGGUGGUCCUACUUCACAUCGAUAAGCCAGCACAAACCCCGUUGGCUUCUCAAGUACUAGGGACCACGGCCCACCUCUGCCCGGGGCUCCGGGCUUUCGGUUCUGUCUUCUGGAGACACCCUGUAAAGCGCUUUCUGUUUUCUUAAAGCUGUUCCACUCAC